AUGCCUCGACUAGAAACGUCCUCCGGAUGGUCGCGGUUCACCGCCGACGUCACCUCGCUCUUCCACCCGUCUACCGGCACGCUCUCGCAACGACUCACCAUCCUGCGCUCCCUCCUCCUCCGCUCCGUGCGUCUCUCGCCCCCCUCCUCCUCCACCUCCGGCCCCGCGCUCCCGCUCCGCAUCCGCCCCGCCUUUGUCCUACUAAACAUCCUCGAUCUCCUCCUGCUCGGCAUCCUCGGCUUCCAUCCUCGCUCCUCCACCUGGCUACGACUCAACGACAAGUUGCUUCACUUCAUCUGCUUCCUCCUCGCCACGUCGAUGUUCUAUAUGAUCUGGGAUGUCGAUGAGCCGGCGAGGGCGAGCUACCUCUGGCGCAACGCCUCGCUGUUUUUGACCGGAAUCACAUGUUUUGUAGUUGGCGGAGUGGGUAGCGAGAUCGUCCAAAGCGCUCUGCCGUAUAAGGUGUUCCAGUGGGGAGAUAUCGUAGCGAAUUUGCUGGGGAGCAGUUUGGGAUUGUGGUUGAGUUAUCACGCAGAGAAGAGGUAUAGGGCACGAAGGGAGAUCGAGCGGUUGUAUGAGCCAUUGGAUGUGGAAUAUGGGGAUGCCGAGCUGGACGAAGAGGAGGAGGAGGGGCCGAGGGGGAUACUGAGGGAAGGAGGUGCGACAUCGCAGGGAGCGGGGAAGAAGAAGGCACGGUUCAGCGAUAACGAUAUUUGGGACGACAGCGUUGACAUUGGUGCGAUGCCCUCGACGAGUCAGCGAAGCGGAGCGGCGGAUCCAGGGGCGAAAGUGCGCAGGGAGGAUCUAUUUUCGAUCGACGAUGACGACGAGGAGGACGACGGACCGGCGAGCAGGUCGAAUGGCAAGCCACAGGCGGAGGAGGCCAACGUAUGGAAGCAGACGGACGCGUGA